AUGGCCGACAUGAACCGACGCAGAGGGGGGCCGAGCCACACGUCGCAGCCGCCGCAGAGCCAACAGCCGCCGCAGCAGCAGUUCUCGGUCUACCCGCAACCCAUGCAGACCUCGCCCCACCCCUACCCUUACCACCACCACCAGCAGCAGCAGCAACAACCGCAGCAACAUCAGCCGUCGUACCCGCAACAUAACAAAACCGCAGGAGGGUACGCCACGCGCACCACUCUGUACCGCAAUGCUGCAGGCGGCCCUUCGACCGCCAGCAGCAAUCGUACCCCCGGAGGGCUGCGGCCCGCCAUGUCUGGCGCCAAGAUGGGGAUCAAGAGCGGCAUGACGGUCGAAGAGCUCAAGCGCCUGACGCAGAAGCGCAUGCAGCAGUCCGCAGGCGGGGCACCGGGCCCCAGUAGCAAUCCGGCGACGCCCACGGCCGCCGCUGCCUCGGACGGCUUUUCAGCUUCCAGACCUGCAACGCCGAAGAUUAAUGCGGCGCUGGCGACUGCUGCCACGUCGACCGCGCCGGCUGCAGUCGCGACACCGCCGGGUGGGGCUGGUCCGAAGACCGGUAUGUCGGUGCAGGAGCUCAAGCAGCUGACAGCGCUGCGGGUGGCGUCGCAGCACGUGCCCGUGCACGCCAGUAAAGUGACUGGACUCGUGAGCAAAGCCGUGCUGCACAAUGCUGCCAAGUCGCACUACCGAGAGACUGCAGGACGCAGCUCACUCGCUCCGGAGCAGACAACGAAGCGCUCGCACCACACGCGGAGCAGCAGCAGCACGCAACUUGAUACUGCACAGUACACUGGCUUUGGAAACGACGCGAUGCGCAGUCGUGGACCGCUGAGCUCGGGAUCGGGCGACGCUCGUGGCCACCGCAGUCGGUCGCACAGCUCUCAGUUGCCGAAUGUCGACUCGACGGGACAUAGUAUGCCCAUGCGCUAUUCGUACGCGGGCGGUCAGACGCCUGAGGAUUACUACGCUUCGUACGACUUUGGAAACGCUGACGGCAGCAACUCGAUGUCGUCUUAUGGAUCCGACUCGGGCCGUGGCAGUCUCGAUGAUGGUAUAGCUUCCGGCCACAGUUCGUUGCUGCAGUUCUCACAAGAUGCGUUCCCUCCGCCGCCACCGAUGGACGAAGGCGGUGGCUUUGUGUCCACCGCCCUUCCUUCAUGGUCUCCUCCUCCAGCUCGGACGAAGAAGCUCAAUGCGUCUGCAAGCAUCGGUGCGACUUUCUAUAGCCAGCAAACAUCGUACUAUAACACCCCAUCGACAGAAGAAUCCGCCGUGGCAGGUGACAAUAUUGCUGGCGCGAGUCCAGCACCGGACCAAAACUCGAUGCUGGCACCGCCACCCGGACUCACAAGACGGCCUUCGAUGACGGUCCCGUGGCAAGUAGCUGAGGCCGUGCUCAUGACGCCACAAACGAAGUCGGGGCGUAAGAAGCUGGAGUUGGAUUCUGAGACCAGUUCGGGUGGACUGAGCUUGUCGGCAGCUGAAGCUGCGGCGCAUCUUGCUGGGUUCUCGCUCCAGUCGUCAACACGGAGUCGAGGGAAUGCUGGCACGCAACCACCACCUCCAUCAGCAACGUCGUCGAGCUCUCCAUCAAGCUCGACAGGUACCUCGCAGCCAGGAGGUGCGACCGUGACUCGGCGUGGCAGCUUUGGCAAUGCCGCCGAGUUCUUCAAGUUCCGUCGUCGCAGUAAAAGCCGCUUGGAACUUGCACGUGACCAGUCUUUCGGCGACAAUGGGGAGACGACAGGUUACCCGUGUUACGGCGCAGCUGGUUCGAUGCCUGGGAUCGCCGAGCGACACGGCGAUGCUGAGGACGGGAUGCGCGACGAUUCGGGUGCCAGUUCGUCAACGUCAGCCAACGACGAAUCGAGCUCGCAGGGUUACACCGAUGAGGACGUGGUGCAGGUGACAGGUGGCUACGACGACACCGCAGAAAUCUCCGGCAGCUUUGUGUCGUUUUACAACGCUGCUCGGCAGCACCAGAGCGGUCUGUCAGCUCUGUCGAUUCCUCCUCCCCCGCCGCCGCCCAUGACGGAUGACGACGUCGGGUCUUCGACUACAUCGUCGACCAAGGGCCAGAAUGGGCUGCCCAUGAUGAGUCCCAACGGUGCGCGACUUCGAAAGGUGGCGGAGUUGGCUCGCCAAGGCAGCUUGAGCAGCGAGGACAAGACCCGCGCGAAGGAUGAGAUUAUUCAGAGCUCGUUGGGCAUUGGUGCAAGCAACGCGGCGCGCCUGCUCGCUACGAAGAAGGAAGAUCGGGGAGACCGUGUUCCAGCCACAGCGCCGUCGAGCGCGGCACCGCCCGGUCUCUCUGGUAUGCUGCGCACGACGCCGAAAGCCUCUGCGAAAAAGCUGCCUGGAUCUGGGAUCGUGCGUAGCAAUGCAGUAGAGCGUGCAGGGCCGUCCAGCAUCUCUGCCAGUGCAGCCGCAGCAGCUGCUGCUCUUGGGGCCACGAUAUCGCCAGGUCCGUCUGCUACUUCCCAACAAGCUGGCACGGCGAGUAGCAGCUUCUUGGAAGAGCGACUUGCUGCUGCAGCGCAGAGAGUUGCAGAUUGCGUCGGCAAGGGCGACAUGACAGGAUUCCAGCAUGCCAUGGAUGAGCUGGAUUGGCUUCGCAACGAAGCUAGCAAGAUGAUGGGCGGGUGA